AUGGAGGAGCAGGAAGGCUGUAACUCCAGAAAGAGGAAUCAAACUUUGACAGCGCAGAUCACCAGGGAGAAUCUCCAUCUGGUAUCUAAGAGAAAUGAAAAUGUAUGUGACCUAUGAAGUUAAAUAAAAUUAAUUGGAUGAUCUGACAAUGAAUUGAUUUAUAGACAUUAUAAAACAUUAUAUUUUGUUUUCUGUGUGGAUUCUGCAAAAAGUGAACUUGGCAUUUUAGAUCUAAUUCAAGGAUUUGUGGAAACGUUAGACAAGUGUUUUGAAAAUAUCUGUGAACUAGAUUUAAUUUUCCAUGUAGAUAAGUUUAACAAUAUUCUUGCAGAGAGCUGGCCGGUUAGUUCAGGAAUUGUGUCAGAGACCCACAUGAAUGAGAUUGUUACACAAAAUACACAAAAUAAACUGGAGAAAUCUGAGGCUGGCUUAGUGGGAGCUCCAGCAUAUGCUGCAUCAGCUAUAGAGAAUACGAAUCUCCCUGAGGUCCCAAGAAAUAUUAACAUCGGUGAUUUCAGUAUAAGAGUUCCAAACGUGUUCUCUUUUUAA